UGGGGGAAGCCGGGGGGAGGAAGGGAGGCGCCCCGCUCGGCGGCUCUCGCUCGGUCCUGCAAACGCGCGCCGGGCGCUCUCGCCGGAGCCGGGCUGCGCGAGCGGGCGCCCUUCUGCAGCCGCCCGAGGGGGCGGGGAAGAGGGGCCAGCGGCCGGCCGGCCGGGGGGCGGCGUCCCCCCUCAAAACCGCCCGCAAAGUGCUCGGGGCGGCGGAAUCAGGCCGCGGGCUCGGUGGAGCCGGCCGCUCGCCACAGGGCUGAGCGAGCGCACCGGGCUGGCCGGCGGCGCGGCGGUGGCCGGCGGGCGCCGGUGCCCCGGGCGCCGGGCUUGGGCUCACCAUGCCCCUGCGCGAGCCGGCCGCCGGGCACGAGCGGAUCCCCGGCUUGCCCCCGCCUCGACGCGCUCGGAUUAGCUGCAGCUGGCGCCCAGGGAUUUGAAUCUGGACCCCAGGAGGGAGCGCGCCUAGGCCGACCUCGGAGCGGCGGCCCCGCGGCCAACAUGCUUCGCAAAGCAGGGUGCUGUGUGGAACUGCUGCUGUUGCUGCUGGCUGGAGAGCUGCCCCUGGGUGGGGGCUGUCCUCGAGACUGCGUGUGCUACCCCUCGCCCAUGACUGUCAGCUGCCAGGCGCACAACUUCAACGCCAUCCCUGAGGGCAUCCCCGAGGACAGUGAGCGCAUCUUCCUGCAGAACAAUCGCAUCACCUUCCUCCAGCGGGGCCACUUCAGCCCCGCCAUGGUCACCCUCUGGAUCUACUCCAACAACAUCACCUUCAUCGCUCCCGACACCUUUGAGGGCUUUGUGCAUCUGGAGGAGCUGGACCUUGGAGACAACAGGCAGCUUCGAACGCUGGCGCCUGAGACCUUCCAGGGCCUGGUGAAGCUUCACGCCCUCUACCUCUAUAAAUGUGGCCUGAGCGCCUUGCCCGCAGGCAUCUUUGGUGGCCUGCACAGCCUGCAGUACCUCUAUUUACAGGACAACCAUAUUGAGUACCUCCAAGAUGACAUCUUUGUGGACCUGGUCAACCUCAGCCACCUGUUUCUCCAUGGCAACAAGCUGUGGAGCCUGGGCCAGGGCAUUUUCCGGGGCCUGGUGAACCUGGACCGGCUGCUGCUGCAUGAGAACCAGCUACAGUGGGUCCACCACAAGGCAUUCCACGACCUUCACAGGCUGACCACUCUCUUCCUCUUCAACAACAGCCUCACGGAGCUGCAGGGUGACUGUCUGGCCCCGCUGGUGGCCUUGGAGUUCCUUCGCCUCAAUGGCAACGCCUGGGACUGUGGCUGCCGGGCUCGCUCCCUGUGGGAAUGGCUCCGGAGGUUCCGUGGCUCCAGCUCUGCCGUCCCCUGCGCAACCCCUGAGCUGCGGCAAGGCCAGGACCUGAAGCUGCUGAGGGUUGAGGACUUCCGGAACUGCACGGGACCGGCAUCCCCACACCAGAUCAAGUCGCACACGCUCACCACCUCUGACAGGGCUGCCCGCAAGGAGCACCAUCCAUCCCAUGGCGCCUCCAGGGACAAAGGCCACCCACACGGCCAUCUGCCUGGCUCCAGGUCAGGCUCCAAGAAGCCAGGCAAGAACUGCACCAGCCACAGGAACCGAAAUCAGAUCUCUAAGGUGAGCGCUGGGAAACAGCUUCCUGAGCUGCAGGACUACGCCCCUGACUAUCAGCACAAAUUCAGCUUUGACAUCAUGCCCACCGCACGACCCAAGAGGAAGGGCAAGUGUGCCCGCAGGACCCCCAUCCGUGCCCCCAGUGGGGUGCAGCAGGCCUCCUCAGGCACGUCCCUGGGGGCCUCACUCCUGGCCUGGGUACUGGGGCUGGCGGUCACUCUCCGUUGAGGAGCUGGGGCACUGGCUCCCAGCACUGCCACACAUCCAGCAAAGAACAGAAUCUUUUCUUCUUCUUCUUCUUCUUCUUCUCCUUUUUUUUUUUCUUCUAAGUGGAAGAUCUGCUGGGUUUCAGGAAAAGGCUGCUAAAGCCUUCAGCCACAGUCUGGACCCUUCCUGGUGGAUGAUAAGCCCAAAGUGUACAGCCGUAGACAGGAGGGCUGACACACUCACCAGAUGUCCUGGCGGAGCACCUUCGGACAGCACCCACUCCGCACAGUGGUCAGAGGGGUCAGUAGUGACAGGACAUGUGCCCCAUGAAGAAACUGAGUUCUGUGGGAUCCUGCUCAUUUGGGAAGAAGGGCUGAAGGACCCUGCUGUUUUUGGAAGGAGCAGGACUCAGAACAAGGCUCAUCCAGAGACAACUGAGGCAACCAGCAAUCUCAGAGCAGUCUUGGAUCUUGCCUGAGGCCAUUUAGUUAACCUGCCUCGUUGGUCCAACCCUAUGCCACCCUCAAUUCCUACCUGUGGGGGUAAUGCCUCUCAUUCCUGCUGUCUCAGGCAGUCCUGGCAGACCUGCUGGGGUUCAAGAACCAAUCACCAAAGGAGAGAUCGCCAGAGGAUGACAUUUAGAACUUUCCUCGCAAUGAGAGUCACACAGAAGGUGCAGUUUUAUACCUAUGUCCACGUAUAUAUAGUCUCACCCCCCACCCACACAUCCACAUAAUAUAUAUAUACACAAAUAUACAAAUGCACAGGUCCCCACCCCACUCCUUAACAAACUGUAUGUCUCAUCAUGUUUAUAAACUAUAUGGGAACCUAUAUUUGCUCAACUAAGGACUGUAUUGGUAAUUUCUAGCAAGCAAAAGAGCUGUGGCAUUUUUGUUCAGAAUCCCAGCUGGCAACAAUAGGCCCUGGGCUUGUUGGAGCAAAGGUGUCAAUGGGAAGAGUUGAAGAGGAAGAGAAGCAGUGAGAAUCACUUCAGGGGACCAACAGUCUUAGCUACUUAGAAUGUCACCUUGUUUUUAUAUGCAACACAUGCCUGUCUGGCACCCCAGAGCACCCCACCACCCCUACUGUAGAAGUUGCAGGUGUUAGGGUAAGAAGUGGGAAGGAGCUUGUGGGAUGUCAGGACGCUGGAGGCAAGCGAGGUGGAGCAUGGGAAAGGGCUUUGGGGUUUUUGAGCCAGGAGACAAGGCAGCAUCCACAGUGUUAGUCCAAUGGGUUGGACAGACAAUGUCCGUCUAGCGUUUUGCCCGUGAUGGUCUGUGCAGGCCAGGGAGAUUCUGAGCUCUGGCCUCAGGAGAGGCUUAGCUGCAGUUUUAACUUCUAGGCUGUUUGGCCAGUGACCUGCGGAGGGCCCUGAAUAGUCAGGCAGUGGGGGGAAUCUAGUGGCCUUAGAAGACGAGGGCAUUUCAGUAACCAUCUCAGGCACUCUACAUCACAGAGGUCCUGUUCCUGCUGAUCAUUCUGGAUCUACCCCAGAUCAGGAAGAGGUCAGAGGGCCAGACUCAGGGGUCAGCCCAGAUAGGCAGCAUGCAGGGAACAGAGCAGGAAAACCCAGUCAGGGAAUAGGGGCUGUUGGCCCAAAGGUCUCUGGCAAGCACAAUCUCUUGCGCUUUGCACAAACCUGAAUUCCCUGCCAGAGAGGGUAUGUGAAGAGUAAAAAAAUGCUGAAUCCAAUUAAGAGAGAAAAAUAAUAAAAAAAAAAUUCUCUUGGACAAGAA